CAAUGACAGCCACAUGCAGUGGCAAACAAGCCGAGGUACACAAGUACACCAUUAUAGCACUGAACCGUCAUAUUUUUGUCAGAUGACCACAUUGUCACUCGGAGCUACAGGAGAAAUCUCAUCAAGUUUAGUUCUCCUCCAAUGCAAACCCAAAUCCACUCAGCCCUUACACGAGCCCAUCUCAGAUAUCAGAUCCAAUGUAUUCCUCUGGAUUACCCCGGACAUACAUUUUUGUCAUAUUUUUUCUAUUGCUUGGGAGAUCAACCCAUCAGAAUAAGCCUAGAAAUGGGGCAGCAAACCAGUUCAAUAGUCCGAAAAUGGACCCAAAAGAAACAGAAGCCUUAUUUGAAGUGAUGGAAUCCAUAUCUACAGAUGCAGUGUGGAGGAAAGCACACCCGAAACCUUGUAUCAAUGGAGUAUGGCCUGGAUUGGAGUGCAAGCUUGGUGCAGACAAGCUCAUGCAUGUUACAAGGCUUGACUUUGGCUACAAGCCGAAUCCUUCCUGCAAAAAGAAUGCCAUUUUCCCCUCUUCAAUCUUCAAGCUCCAGCAUCUGCAGGGGCUCUUCAUGUUCCAGUGUUUCAUGCAUACACACACCACAAUUCCUACGGGUUUUCAGAAUCUGGCUCCAAGUCUGCAGCAGCUGAGCCUCAGGGCAAACACAGCACUCAGUGGUGAAAUCCCCAGUGAGUUGGGUAGCUUAAAAGCAUUGCAAGUGCUCACUCUGUCUCAGAACAGUCUCCAUGGUUUCAUUCCACAGGACUUGGGGAAACUUAGUGCUCUUCUGCAUUUGGACUUAAGCUAUAAUUCAUUGAAUGGUCCUAUUCCAGGGAAAAUAGGGAGCUUAAGGGUCUUGAAGGGCCUUGAUCUGAGCUACAACAAUCUGAGAGGCCCGAUUUCUCCAUUAGUUGGGAAUCUCAAAAUGUUGCAGAAGCUGGAUUUGAGCUCCAAUUCACUCACAGGACACAUUCCUGUAGCUCUGGGAAGCCUGAAAAGCAUGGAGUUCAUUGCUCUCAGCAACAACAAAUUUACUGGCAUGUUUCCCCCUUCUUUGGUCAACUUACAGAGCCUCCAAUACUUUAUAAUGGAUAACAAUCCAAUGAAUUUUCCAUUGCCUGCUGAGUUUGGGAGUCUCAGAAGGCUUCAAGAGCUGAGGCUAGCUAAUUCAGGUUAUAGUGGUCCAAUCCCUGUGAGUUAUGGCAAGCUCUUGAAUCUUAGCUCUCUUUCUUUGGAGAACAACAGGGUCUCUGGUAGCAUUCCUCCCUCUCUAGGAAAUCUUUCUCACAUUUACCACCUCAAUCUAAGUGGAAACCUGCUUUCUGGGCCUGUACCUUUCAGUACAGAGUUCUUGCAUAGAUUGGGGAAGAACAUAGACUUAAAGGGCAAUGUGGAAUUGUGUAUUAAUGCCUCACAUGCUGCGCAGAGUUAUCAGUAUUUGGGUGUGGGUAUCUGUGGAUCACCUCUUUUGAAUCCCAAGCUUAAAUCAUCCAAGAAAUCUCAAGGAUUCUCUUUACAUGAAAUGCAUUGGAGAAUGGAUAUAUACAUUCUGGGAAGUUGGAUUUUGUACCUUCUACUGGCCUGCAAAUAAGCUAUAAUGUGUUAUGAAAAUCUCCUUGAUGCUUUUGCAAGAUGGAUGAAUCUUAUGCCAAAUACAUGAAGACUUGCAGUUCAACACUGAUGUUUUGCUGGGCAAAGUGCAUCCCCAUGAUAAUGUUUUGCAGAUGUUCAGGUAAAUCAGCUGGUUGGCAUUAUUCUUUGUGACACUCCAAAUGCACAACUUGAACAAGAAACUUUUCAACUUUCAGUGGGUUUAGUUUUUAUGAAUAAGAAAGUCUGUAGGCAUAUUUCUUUUGGUUUGCAUAUCCAUUGUGCAUAUUGUAGUAAUGUAUUCAAGUUAUUAUGGACUGGACUGUUCUUCCAUGAUCCAUCCAUCCAUGUUAUUCUUUGGAAUAGAUUAAACAUCAUAUUUUUAUUUGGA